AAAGCGGGUGGAAGAAUGGAGAGAGUUAGAAGGAUGGUUUCAGAGAGGCCGGUCGUGAUCUUCAGCAAGAGCACGUGCUGCAUGAGCCACACUGUGAUGAGGCUGCUGAGUGGGUUUGGGGUUAACCCGGCGGUGCACGAGGUGGACCAGAUCGCUCGAGGCAGGGAGAUCGAGCAGGCUCUGUCUAUGCUUGGCUUUAGCCCCACGGUUCCGGCUGUCUUCAUUGGCGGCCAACUGGUCGGUGGAACCAAUGAAAUUAUGACACUUCAUCUUAAUCGCUCCCUCAUUCCCAUGCUUACCGCUGCUGGCGCUUUGUGGGUUUGACCUUAAAUUCAGCUGACCAAUGCUUUUUAUGUUUUGUCCGAUAGUGUAAUUUAGUGGA